AUUGUAGGGCGACAGCGCAAGAUUCCCGGAUCCAAACCGCAAGCGAUACAGAGCCACCGAAAGAGAUAGGAAAAAAAAAUAAUCGAAAAAUGUCGCGCUUUUUCGGUUUCAGUAAGCUGGCCGCCAUAACCAGUCCGUUCAGGUCCAAGGCCGACAAUGGCUCGCCGUCGGCGCUCGAGACCAGAGUUGACAAGGAGGGAGUUAUCGAUAGCUUGGAUACCUGGCGCCAGUCGUCUGAUCGUCAGCUGGAUCGUGCUAUUUCGCAGGGCUUCAUGGCAAAGAUGGCUGGGGGGAAGAUUGAUGCUAAUAUCCUACGUGAUAUUGGCGUUGAUCAUGAUACCAUCAAGGAAGUAAGCGAAAAGUACACAAAGGACGUGUACCGGGCCAACUUUGCGGAACUGUGCUACUACCUGAUCAAAGUCGACAGCGAAGAUCUCGGCUCGGCCGCGUCAAGUAUAGCUACGAUCCAAAAGGCGUUUCCGAAAUGCCUUGGUCUGGAGCUUGAUGAGCAGAGUAGACCGGUCUAUCUACACUUGACGAUCCAGACUUUUUUGGCCGCGUUGAAAGACGAGAAGCAGACGUUUUUGAAGAAAUACGAUAACGCGAUCGAGGAAUUUAAUAAACUUCUCGCGAAUGAGGAUUGUUAUACCUUGGAGGACUACAUCGAGGUUAAAGACAUCAUCGGCCGUGCCAAAAACAAGUUCGAGCUGAUUGAGGAUCUCGAGACCGAGAAGUACUCCUGGGCCAAAUUCAUCGGUUUGCUUGCCGAAUGGGCUAAGGCCAUAGUCGACACUCGCCUCAGUGCUGCAGCCGUCCAGAGCGUUGUGGAAAGCAGCGCAGAUCCAGAAAUCGACAACAGCCCUCUUUCUUCAAGAGUGAGGUCGAGGACGGCGAACUCACGCGCAAAGGCCAAGAAUGCAAAGUCUCGGUUCACAGACCCUCAGCCUGGCAGGGACAAAGUCGACUUUGACUCUCAAGCGGCAGACGACGCGCAGGAAAAAGAGCCUGCGAAACCGACGCCCGCGAGAAGGGGAAGGAAGAGGCGGAUAGAGCAUCCUGAGACCCCGGAGGCUGAGUACAUCGAAAACCCGGAGCCGGACGCUGGUUCGCCUGUGGAAGAGGCGGUGGUCACUCCCAAGCCCAAGACGCCGGCUAAAAGGGCCAAGGCCGCGGCGAAGAAUACACCCGCUCAACCCAGGUCCACUAGAACUUUGAGAGGACGGGGAGCGGCUGUGGAAGAACCCAUUGCAGACGUCAGCGUCGCGUCCACUCCCGUGCCGGAGUCCACGCAAAGCACGCCCAAGGCAACUGCGUCGCCUUCUGCUGAUCUGCCAGAGCCAACACCUGGGAAGAGCGCUAGCAAGAGUCCUGGGAAGAUCGGGCGGCCGCGCAAGCAUCUGGAUGGGCCGCGGCUCAUUCGGGCACCCAAGGGCAGACGCACGAGGUGGACCAUGGAGAUGCAGCAUGUGUUUAUGGGGGCGAUGAUGAAUUUCAACUGUCACUGGGUCGAGAUCGAGCAUGCUGUUCAGGCUGUGAUUGACGACCAGGCUCGCGCUGUGAAGAUAUAUGGACCCAGGGCGAUACCAGAACUCGCGCUCCUCGAAGGGCAGAAUCAAAUCAUGCUCAAGGACAAAGCGAGAAACAUGAAACAAGCUCUUCUCAAAGCGGGAUCGAGAGUGCCGUACUGGAUGGACAAAGUGAGCGUGACGCAGGACUACAAAGAGCGCGCGGAAGCCGAGAAGGAACGAGAAGACGAGCGUCGCGAGAGCGGUGAGGCCGAUGACCUUGACGCGGUCUAUUUGCCGGAUGCCUGAGAUUGACGCAAGGGGAGAGUGCGGGUGUGGAGGAUGAGGAAGGUAGGAUAGGGUAGUGUAUAGUAGGAGGUAAAUUGUUUUCUGUGUGUGUUUAGUAAAUUUUUGUAUUGUUUUUUUGUUGUUGAGAUCCGUCUUUUGAUAAUUCCUGUGUGAUGAGAGUAGUCUAGUUACCUUGUAAUCUAUAAGCCUCAAAAUCGGAAAAAAAACGGUUGAAGAAGUCGACUGGGGCGGCCUUGGUUUUGGAGAGUGGAUCAGCCAGUUAAGCAAAUAUUAGUAAUAAUCCUG